AUGGUGAGAGAUUUUGGUGCUCUAGUUAGUGAUGCCCAUGUUGAUGAUCCAAGUGUUGUGUUGGAGGGCUCGGGUGGCCUACUUUUGCUCGCCAUGAUUAUCAUGUCUCUCUCAAUUAUAUCAAUGCUCAUCUUUGCUUGUGUUGAUGGUGACUCGGGAACAUCUCGCCGCCGCCGCCACGGCGGCGGCGGCAGUGGUGGUGGAGGUGGUUGUGGUGGUAGCGGCGGCGUUGGUGGUGGCGGCGUUGGUGGAGGUGGUUGUGGUGGGGGUGGUGGAGGUGGUUGUGGUGGUAGCGGCGGCGUUGGUGGUGGCGGCGGCGGUGGUGGAGGUGGUUGUGGUGGUGGUGGUGGUGUUGGUCAUUGA